CCGAUUUCCAAGCUAAUAAUUCUCCUAUCCUUGCACACACACAUACUCUCUCCCCCCCUCUCUUUAUUCCUUUUCCUUACUUGCUCAACUCACCCCACCUCACGGUCAGCCUAUGUGGUGGUUUAUUACCAUCAAAUUGGUGCUUUCAUUGAGAGCAAGAGACACUCGUAUGUUAACUCGCAAACAAAGAGAAUGGUGCAGAUAAGGAGCAACAUCCUCGCUGCCAAGCCACAUCAACAGCGAGGGAAACAACCAAGCCAAUGGUAAUGGCACCGAUGUUAUCACCUUGGCACCCGAUGCGAUCCUGGCUCCAGGCUAUUGUUUUUGCGCUCUUCGCCCUCAGCGGAAGCGGGCGUGGCACUAGAGCCACCCUAGCUCCGAGAACCCCCAUCACCAAACACGCCACUACUUCCCAGGUGAAGGGGAAGAAGAUCCGAAGAAGCAAGAGGGCCGGUAAAGCCCCGGUGGUGGAAGAAGUUAUUGUGGAGGAUGUUCCCGAGGAAGGAGACUCCAGUGAAGAUACCGUGCUUGGCUUUUUUGCUUAUACCGUCGCAUUUCUGAGCAGACUAUACAUCGUGCUUGGCUAUUUAAGGUGUGAAGGCGAUACACUAAUUGGCUCUCUGCCAUUAGAAAAGAGAAGAAAGGAACACAAAAGGUUCGUGAGGAGGGCUAGAAUGUAGAUUCAUAAAUUAGCUUUCCAUGGGAAGACAUACAAUGAGAAGACGUACACAAAUGAGAAGUUAAAAAAUGUCUCGCGUGAUUGUACAUCUAUGUAAGAGGCCGUCCGUGAGGAGGGCUUGAAUGUCACACCGGAUGAGAUCUAGAUCACUACAGUUGGUUGACAUGAUACAAAGAAUCGUGUUCACAGUUUUGGAGAUCUUGCACGGAGCCUCCGAAGAAUGGAUGGAAGUUAGGCGAGACGUUCUAGCACAAGCUCAAUGUGGGAUCCUCGUGAUGAUGAAAUUAAAAAAAUUGAGGGAGGAGCUUGAUGACAUCAGAGAAUCUCAUGCGUGUGAAUUGUUAUCGAUUAAAGAGGAGAUGGAGAACUUAUCCCACAAUGAAAUGAUCAUGGUUAU